UCACAGCGUGAUCAAACAGUCUACUUUCACUUUCUUUUCACCGUAAAUGGUGGGUGUUUUUGUGGUCAAGCUAGGCUAGACUAAGUACAUUUGGGUUUUUUUUUUUUCUUCAUCCCAGCGUCUUCUCUUUUGCUCCUGCAGGCUCAGCUUGCACUGCAGGUGAAAUCAUGGAUGGUUUGCUUAAGGAAAUAAGAUGCAAGGAUGAAGCAGCAGCCUCUGUACUGGAACAGGCAGGUUUGAGAGCUGACUCAGAUCUCCAGUUACUGACUUUACACAACCUGGGUUUGUUGUUCCCUGGAGUUGAAAAUGUCAAACUGAGAAGGAAAAUCUUUUAUAUAAUACACAAGCAGAAACCAAUUGAUGUACUCAUAGAAGAAUUCAAGGACUUCAUCCCACAUGAAUCUCUCAGGGCUGCCUUAACCGAAAAUGGAGUCUUGGUGGACUACCUGAAAAUGUUGAAGGAAAUGAAGACCCAAAUGAAUAAUGAUUUCCUUGAUCGACAUAUCAGUCUGUUGGAGGACUUCAGGAAAUCUCAACCAUCGCAGGACCAGGACAAAGAUGAAAUCAUGGAUAUUUUGCUUAAGGAAAUAAGACGCAAGGAUGAAGCAGCAGCCUCUGUACUGGAACACGCAGGUUUGAGAGCUGACUCAGAUCUCCAGUUACUGACUGUACAAGAAGCGGGUGAGCUGUUCCCUGGAGUUGAAAAUUUCAAACGGAUAAGGAAAAUCUUUGAUAUAAUACAGACGCAGAAACCAAUUGAUAUCCUCAUAAAAGAAUUCAAGGACUUCAUCCCACAUGAAUCUCUCAGGGCUGCCUUAACCGAAAAUGGAGUCUUGACCAAUUACCUGAAAAUGUUGAAGGAAACGAAGAUCCAAGUGAAUAAAGUGCAAGAUUUCCUUGAUGCACAUAUCAAUCUACUGGAGGACUUCAGGAAAUCUCAACCAUCGCAGGACCAGGACAAAGGAUCUUUUUCAAGUAGUGACAAUAGCCAAACUGGUGAGCCUCCACAAAUACAACAAGAUAUAACUGCUAGUAGUGCAAUGAUGUCCCCACCCUCUCCUACCUCCACUCGAGACCAUCCAGAGGAAAGAUCAGGUUCUUUGUCAAGUAGUGACAAUAGCCAAACUAGUGACCCUCCACAAAUACAACAAGAUAUAACUGCCAGUAGUGCAAUGAUGUCCCCACCCUCUCCUACCUCCACUCCAGACCAUCCAAAGAAAAGAUCAGGUUCUUUGUCAAGUAGUGACAAUAGCCAAACUGGUGACCCUCCACAAAUACAACAAGAUAUAAUUGCCAGUAGUGCAAUGAUGUCCCCACCCUCUCCUACCUCCACUCCAGACCAUCCAAAGAAAAGAAAAGGUUCUUUGUCAAGUAGUGACAAUAGCCAAACUAGUGACCCUCCACAAAUACAGCAAGAUAUAACUGCCAGUAGUGCAAUGAUGUCCCCACCCUCUCCUACCUCCACUCCAGACCAUCCAAAGAAAAGAUCAGGUUCUUUGUCAAGUAGUGACAAUAGCCAAACUGGUGACCCUCCACAAAUACAAGAUAUAAUUGCCAGUAGUGCAAUGAUGUCCCCACCCUCUCCUACCUCCACUCCAGACCAUCCAAAGAAAAGAAAAGGUUCUUUGUCAAGUAGUGACAAUAGCCAAACUGGUGAGCCUCCACAAAUACAACAAGAUACAAGUACCAGUAGUGCAAUGAUGUCCCCACCCUCUCCUACCUCCACUCCAGACCAUCCAGAGAAAAGAUCAGGUUCUUUCUCAAGUAGCCACAAUAGCCAAACUGGUGACCCUCCACAAAUACAACAAGAUUGCAGUAGCAGGAGCCGGAGUCUUUCUAUGCGCUCUAUUAUUUCCACUCAUGUCCAGCCACAGAAAAGACAAGUGACGUACAAGAUGGUCGUCAGCGGAAUAACCUUUGAUGCCGAUAAGCAGCUACUGCACAGAGUAAUGACUUCAAGCGGGGAUAGAAUUUUGAAGUUGCUCAGUCAGGAGGAUGGUGACGUCAUCAUCGUCUUCUGUCCUGUUGUUUCACGUAUGGGGACAGAUGUUGAGGCAGCCAUGGCCCAAGUCACAGGUGAUAAACCUGUCAUACUGGUUGUGAUGCAUCACACAUAUGGAGCCAGAUCUGUACCCUCAGUGAAAACAUGGAAGGAUUCUUGUAAGGUCGUUUUGUGUGUUCAUGUUUUCUACCAUGAGAAGGUCCCUGGAUUGCUGCCAUGUCAGGAAAAUAAUGAUGCCAUCUUUAAGAUACGAACAGAAUUACUGAAAUAUGGUGUUGACAUAACUGAAAGUACAAGUGGAGAUACUCAGAAUCGGUUUAUUCCUAAGUUUUUUUCAAAAUAUAUUAAGUAAACAAUGAAAGCAUAAUCCUGCAAAUACAAGUAAAAGAAACUAUAAUAGCUUGUGUCAGCUUCAGCUUUAAGUGGAAGAAACAGUACAAAACAAGUACAGUUUAUCUUGAUUUGUCUCCAUCUGUACUGUCUGUGUGUUUAUCAUCAGUUCAAGUCUAAAAGAGUUAUUAUCAUGUGAAAACAGGACAUGACAUAUUAGUUUUUGUGUGGUUGUACACCAGUCAGGACUUUAUCUAAUACAACUGAAAAAACAAAAAACACAAAUGCGCAUUUUAUGGUGCGUGGGAAUCAUUUAUAUUUAAAAAAAAAAAAAGUCUGGUGAUUAGUAUUUUUAGUAUUUCAGUGGCUAUGUACAUGUUCAUGUCUUUCCCACAGUUCAGAAGAGCAAAAAAAGUCAGGGUUUAAGUUAAGAUAAGAUAAGAUAAGAUAAGAUAACCUUUAUUAGUCACACACGUGGGAAAUUUGUUUAAAAUGUUUGUUUAAAAUUUUAAAUGCUGAUAUACUGUCUGAAUACAACUUUAUUGUGCUACUGUUUUAUCUUAUUUUUAUUUUUAUUGGGGAGUCCUUAACACGUCAAAACACCAGUGUAAUGAUAAUGCACUACAGGUGGUUUUAAGGAACAUCACUGGUUCAGCUAAUAUUUCUGUCUUUAGUUUCUAUAUUCUGUACAAAAACACUUGAAAGUAGAUUAACACUGCAGUACAAAGCCCAGCAUUCAUAAACUAUAUAGAUAUAAACAUUUUAAAAAGAUCAUAGAUGGAAAUGGAAAAGAUUUUAUAAACAGAAAACCAAAUGAUACAUAAGUGAUCAUAAUAUCUGUGCUUUUUUAGUUCUCUGUUUCCCCCCAAAGGCCAAUAUAUAUAAAAACAAAGCAGAAUGAUUUAAAUGUUCUCAUUAGCUUAUUCUUUUAUCCAGUGCUUUAAAGUCUCAGUAAAAUGCCUACUGUAUACAGUGUAUUAAGUAGCUUAUUAGUAGUUAUAGCAAAAUGAGCUCUGGCGCUACAUAUUAAGAUUGAAACAUUUUUUUUUCGUCUUAUGGGUGGUGUAAACUUUAUCAUUUAAAUGAAGAUGAACUAUCAGAAACUGCACUGUGUUCCAGUGUAAUUUAUAGAAGGCAGCAGGUGAAAAAGUCUGUGUCCAAGGUGUGAGGGAUCUGUAAUGAUUUUCCCUGCCCAUUACAAGUCCUGGAUGGAGGGCAGGGGGCGCCGAUAAUCUUUUCUGCUACCCGUACAGUCCGCUGCAGUCUGCACCUGUCCUGUUUAGUGGCUGCUCCAUACCAAACUGUGAUGGAAUAGCACAGGACAGACUCAAUGACUGCAGUGUAGAACUGGAUCAGCAGCUCUUGUGGAAGACUGUACUUCCCCAGUUGUCUCAGGAAGUACAAUGUCUGCUGUGUCUUUUUGCGGAUGGAGGAAAUGUUAGUCUCCCACUUCAGGUCCUGGGAGAGAUGGUGGUGCCCAGGAACUUGAAGAUCUCCACAGUAGACACCGGGCUGUCUGAUAAUGUGAGAGGGAGCAGUAUUGAGGGAUGUCUCCUGAAGUCCACUGUCAUCUCUGCAGUCUUAAGUGUGUUCACCUCCAGGUUGUGCUGACUGCACCAGUGUACCAGCCGCUCAACUUCCUGUCGAUAUGCAGACUCAUCACCAUCCUGAAUGAGGCCAAUGACGGUGGUGUCAUCUGCAAAAAUCAGGAGUUGCAGCCGUACAGCCGAGUUCUUGGAGGUGCAGUCAUUGGUGUAGAGGGAGAACAAUAGUGGAUCUCAGAAGCUCACUCACAUGUGCUGUACCAGUGUACCAGUUAUGUGACAUGACAAUAAAAGUGCUUUGAUUUGAUUUGAA